AUGAUUACGAGCGAAAUGUUAUUUUCUUACUUAAUUAGAAAAGUUGUAGAACAGCGUAGUAGUUUAUGUAUCCAAUGUCAACGUCUCUUUUCUAGUGUUGCUCCAGCAGAAAAUUUAUUAUCGCCGACCACAAAUUCUCGUAUAUCACCGUCACAAUCGGAUUCAUCUGUAUCGUCGGAUGAUUUUAACGAAACAAAUGAAAAUGAAUGGUUAUGGGCGUAUUUGCGUGAUAGACAAAUAUUUACUGAUUUAAAUGAGGCACAGAAACGUCGUGUCAUAGAAUUAGAAUUGCAAACACUAAGAGAAAGUGGAGAAAGAGUACCAGAAAGAAUACCGGACGAAAAAUGGUCAGAAUUAUCAACAACAGCAUUGUUAGAGAGUCGAAAAACUAUAUAUGGAUAUUUAUUUUUGCGUGAAUUACAUAAGAAAAAACGUGCAGCAAACGUGGCAAUAAAUGAUAAACGUCGUAUAGCAUCCGCAAAAAAACGUUCAGAAUUGCUAGCUGACGGAAGAGUGCCCAGUAAUUAUCCGGGAUAUGCCUCAAUAUAUCGUCAUUUUGGUCAUCACCAUGAAAAAUUAAUGCGUGAACAAAAGUUAUUAAUACCUGCUCGAUUAAAUGACAUCAUUGUUAUUGAUUGUGGUUUUGAACAAGAGCAUGCACGUGAACGUUAUCUUAGCAAUCUCGUUGAGCAAAUUCAAUAUUUAUAUGCGGACAUUAAUAAAUUUCAUUCACCAUCAUUUGUUUAUCUCUGUAAUCUAAUGAAAGAUGGACGAUUACAUUUUGAAUUUAAUAGACGAUCACCCUUGGAAAAUUUAUGUUUUGAAACCACCGAAGUGUCCUAUCUGGAUCUAUUUCCAAAAGAAAAAUUUAUUUAUCUAUCACCCGAUUCACAAAACGAAAUGCUUGAAUAUGAUCACGACGCAAUUUAUAUCAUUGGUGGAAUUGUGGAUUUGAGUAGUAAGAAACCGUUAACGUUUGGAAAAGCAAAACGUCAACAAAUUCGACAUCAACGUUUACCAAUUGAUCGAUAUGUUAAAUUUGGUAGUGGCAGCGGUAAAACAUUAACAAUAGAUCAAGUAUUUAAUAUUCUAAUGACCUUGAAACAUACAGGCAAUUGGCAUGAGGCAUUUAAGUAUAUUCCCAAUCGAAAAGUGGCUGUUCGAUAUACGGAUGUUGACGAAAAGAAGAAACACGAAUAUGAGAAGUAUAGUCGAUGGACCGGUUUAGGAAAUGUAGAACAUUCUUAG